AUGACUAUGAAUUCAUCACGGGACGUGCGCCACGAAAAAAAUGGCGGCGUCCGACCGGCGUCACCACCGCCUGGCAACGGCGCGUCCGAUGCAGCCUAUGCGAAACCCCAGAAAACCGAACGCUCUGAAGAGCCCGUUCCCGGACCCGCUGAGACGGAUAGGGACUCUGGCUCGGGGUCGGGUGCGGAUACUGAGGAAGAGUUCAAGGAGGGAGGAUAUGGAUGGGUUGUUGUUCUUUGCGUGUUCCUCAUCAACGCUCAUACAUGGGGUCUCAACUCGUCCUAUGCCGUCUUCCUCGCAUAUUAUCUCAACUCUGGUGCCUUCCCCGACGAUCCCAUCACCUUCGCCUUUGUCGGCGGUCUCUCAUUCUCCAUGGCCCUUCUCGUCGCUCCUCUGGUCACAACAUGCGUCCGAGUGACCAGCACGCGGAAGACCCUAGCCUUCGGCGUGGUCACCCAAACCGUAGCCCUCGUAGCCGCCUCCUUCAGCACCGAGAUCUGGCACCUCCUUCUCAGCCAGGGCAUCGCCUUCGGCAUCGGCAUGGGCUUCAACUUCAACGCCACCGUCGGAAUCGUGCCCCAAUGGUUCAACCGCCGCCGUUCCUUCGCGAGCUCCCUGUCCACGGCCGGCUCCGGCUUCGGCGGCCUCGUCUACUCCCUCGCCACCAACGCCAUGAUCGAUUCCGUCGGCCUCUCCUGGGCUUUCCGCAUCCUCGCCAUUCUCAGCUUCGUCGUUAAUGGCAUCUGCUGCCUCCUGUUUCGCGACAGGAACAAGGCUGUCGGCUCCGUUCUCGCUGCUUUCCGCCUCGAUUUGCUCCGGAGGAAAGAGUACCUCCUCUUUCUCAGCUGGGGGUUUUUCACCCUCAUUGGCUAUGUCAUCGUCCUCUUCUCGCUGUCUGACUACGCACAAAAUGUGGGAUUCAGUGCGAGCCAAGGGUCCAUCAUCCCUGCGGUGUUGAACUUAUCCCAAGGUAUAGGUCGUCCCCUCAUCGGCCUCGCCAGCGACCGUUGGGGUCGCAUCAACGUCUGCGGCAUCAGCACCCUCCUGGCCGCCCUCUCCACCCUCCUCCUGUGGACAUUCGCGGGGAAGUACUACCCGGGCAUCAUCGUCUACGCCUUAUUCGGCGCCUUUGCCGGGUGCAUCUGGCCCACCGUGGCUCCCGUGGGCGCAGAAGUCGUCGGCCUGCAAAUGCUCCCUUCGGCCCUCUCCAUCUUCUGGCUCAUCCUCGUCCUCCCUACCACGUUCGCCCAGCCCAUCGCUCUCGCCAUCAAGACGCCCGGCCCGGACGGGUAUCUCCGCGUGCAGCUGCUGGCCGGGUUUAUGUAUAUUGGUGCUUUUAUAUCCAUCUGGUUGCUGCGUGCGUGGAAGCUGGAGGAGCUUGAAAAGGCCAAUUUGACGGCGCCGGAACGACGCGCGGGUGAGGAGGACGAUGAUGUUGUUGCACGGGCUACCUCCCGCCGGAGUACCAAGACGAGUCGACCUCGUAUGAUGCUGAGGGGACUCUUGUCUCUCAGCCAUGUAUAGUUGCGGAUAGAAAAUACAAUUGCUUAGAGCUGGUGGAAACAUGAUGGCGUUGUGUCCUUUCUUUGUUUGCUCUGACAGCCAUGACACGGAAAUGUAUGACAAGCCG